CUCCGGCCCACCAACACGAGACCAAGCUAACAGAGCACGAUGCGCGGUACGGUACGGCACCACACACGCAUGAAGAAACUGUUGGUUCGUGUCCGUGUACAUAAAUACGUUGCGUGCGCUUUCGACAGUCUUUACGCACCGGAUCGGCGCUUUUCUGGUAGAGUCCUUCCCAGAACCUUUCGUUGCGUCUCUUUUCGUGCCAGCCAGUGAUUGAUUGCUUCGUACCAUCGUCUCGUGAAAGGCCCGCAGCACGCCGACCGCAAGUAGUCCGUGUCCAAGUUACCAGAGGCCGAAGCGGCAAUCGUCAACACCAAUGGCGCUACCACGGGUUCACGCCACGAGCACAAGGUCCACUGCUACCCGAACGUACUGCUGGAUACUCGUGGCUUCGUUGAUGGCUCUCCUCUACGUUGCACAGAAUUCUAACUACGUCUUGCAGACUUCGAGUCUCGAGCUGCUGGCCUUGGAAUGGUCCCAGAAUCAGCCGAGUACUCCGAACGGUGCCCUUACAGUCCAUCCGUCUACUGCGGCAAGACUAGAGUCGCCGACGCCACCUCCAACACCGGUGGAUCCUCCCUUUGACUGUCCCGCGCUUCUCACGAACGUGCGGUCGGGAAAAUCCGGGAUUGUGGAUCCCAAUAAGGGUAACAAAAAUUAUACGAUUCGGACCGCGAACGACAUUCCCUUUUACAUUUCAUUGUACGACCCCGACUACGAUCCCGUCCGCGCCAUCAUGUUCCAAACAUUUCGCUACUACGAAAGUGCCCUCGAUACAGCCUGGGAACAAGUCCUGCGGGGCUCUCCGUCGGGAUCGCGGGUACUGGAUGUCGGCGGUAACAUUGGCUACCACUCUCUACUCUCCGCCUCUUUGGGAAAAUUCCACGUGGAUUCGUUCGAGCCGAAGCUCGAGAACAUUUUGCGCUUUUGUGAAUCCCUCGAGCGGAACGGAUGGGCGAGUGAAACCGCGGCGCGAUUGCCCUCCGUCAACAUUCACGACUUUGGCGUAUCCGACGUCGACAACGUCUUGCGAUUCUACCCCGACCAAGGCAAUCCGGGCGCCGGGAAAUUUGUGGCGUCCGCGCUGGCGACAAAAGACCCCUCGCUCGCGAAACGGAACUUUACCGAGCUCAAAGUCCAAACGCUCGACACCUUUGUCCAGAACCACGGUUGGUUCGUUUCCAAACCCAAUAUUGCCAUUUUGAAAAUUGACGUCGAACGACACGAAGCUCAAGUCGUGCUGGGCGCCACCAAAUUGCUACAAUCCGCCUUGGUGCAAAACAUUUUUGUGGAAACAUCUCUGGACGGAUUAACGGAAGGAGAAAGUCCGGAUCGACAAGCCCUGCAAACCAUUAUGGACGCCGGAUACAUUCUGCGAAAGUACGGGUACUGGCAGGGACCUACGACUCCUUGUCAUUGGGCCACGGACGCCGACCUGGUAGACAACCUCGCUAACUUUUUGAAGGAAAAGAAGUGGGAAUACCUUAAUUUGUGGUGGGUACGGCCCGAAAAGCAAGGCACCAGUAAAUAG